UAAAACAGAAAGAAGAAGAAGAUUUCCGGCUUGCAGUACUGUCGUAACUAGACGCAUUUUUGCUAAGUAUUGUUCACGCUACAGUUACUAGCUAAUUUCAUUACAUUAUAGCCACGUCCAGGAAGAGGGCUUUGGCACAAAACAAUAGUUUUUGUGUGUACGACGUUUAUGUGGAACGAGUGUUUCCGCACACGUUUCUUCCACCGUUAAAAUGAAGAAAGGGAGCUCAGAGAAAGUCCGCCAUGUGGUAGCAUGGAUCAACAAAGCUGAAUGGGAUCAGGUUCUGGAAUAUCUUUACUCCAAAGAUUCCACCUUACAAAGGCAAGCACUGCAGAGAAUAUCCGCUUGGAAAGGCAGGUAUGUCAACAGCACUCCUGUUGCAGUGGACUGCACGGCGGACCUGAUCAGGUGCCAAGCACUGGACCGGUCUGGACAGCUAGAGGGAGAUGAUCUGGUUCUCCUUUAUGGCGCAGCCCUGGUGAGGUUUAUCAACGUGAUCACCGAGAGACAACAGGGUAGAAUAGCCCGACCACUGAAGCACCUAGCUGGGAACUUAAACAUUCCAGAGUGGGUCGUAGAACUGAGGCAUGACUUCACACACCGGAAACGCCCUACCCUGAAAUGGUGUCGAAAAGGGUGUAAGGUGGUUCUGAAGUGGCUUCAUCAGGAGUACUGGUCCAGACAGUUUGGAGGAGCUUCUAAUGUGAAUUGGGAAUUUCAGUCUGACGGCGAGGAGGAUGAGGAGCUUGACCUUAAACGCCAGGAGGACAAACUCAUUGCAAGUCAAAAAGAAAUGGAAGCCUACAAAACUGCCCGAGACCUUCUGAUAACGUUUGAAAAAGAGCAGUACCAAGCUCUUGAUAAGUCUCAACAACAGAAAUGCCCUGGUCCCUUCUCAGACAUGAGCUGGUUGCUGGGUGAGGUCAAGCAGUUUUCUAUGGAGUCGAGUGACUUACUGAUUGAUGUGAUGUUGGAGGAUGGGUUUCUGGUGCCUACUGUGCCACAGCUGGAAUCGUUAAGGUGUGAGAGUUCUGACAGUGACACUGAACCCAGACUUCCUCAAACAUUCCUGCGUUUCUGGCUGCCCCUCCUGAAGAUGCUGAACUCAUCAUCCUUUAUUCAUCUUUUUCUGGAAAAGCUGUUUGUUGAACUGAAGGUUCUUGUUAAAGAGAAGAACCACCACAGGGCUUACUACAUCUCUGCUUGGAUUUCAGAAGUCAUCCUGUGCAACUGCAAUAAAUUUGACCAACCUAAUGAAUCAAAAGGACAGAGGAAGGCAAGAAUGAAAGACAAGAUCUUUGUAAACCGCAUCGAGCUGAGGUGGCAACAGCUGCUCUCUGCAUGCCUGGAAGCUCCCUGCAUCAGCACGCCUCACCUGCUUCAGUUAAUUCUGAAUGACAUGGAGCAUCCUCUCCCUCCAGAGACCCAACAGAGGCUGCUUCAGCUCUGCUCCAUUUACACACAGCCCACAAACCUUGAUGUUAAACCUUCUUCAGAGAAUAAACAUCCUGUAUACACACUGGAGAGUUUGCAUGAGAAACUGAAGCAUUUGCAGCACCAAAGCCAUGCUUCACAUUCCACGGCAGACUCUGAGAGGAGUGACUCCUCCCAGGAGUACAAGUGUAUGGAUGCUGUGGCUGAAAAGCUGAGAGGUUCUCCAUGGCAGGUGUGCACUGAUAAAGUUGUGUGGAAAAACUAUCCUCUUGGUAAAGUUCCUGGACAGUCCAAUGACCCUUCAUGCCUCAUGGCGGAAAACUAUUCAACACUGACGGUUUUUGACCAGCCAGUGGAGCUGGAUAGCAACAAAACUCACGAUGUCCCUGGAGUCUCAGCACCAGUGAGAACAUCUGAUGGCCUUAUUUGGAAUCACAGUGAUAUCAACAAGCUGAAAUCUGGACUGCAGCUUUUUUGAGCCAUGAUGUAAUACUGUGCAUGGUGGCAUGUAAUUGCUGGCACUGUUGUUGACUGAGAAAAAGAAACAUCAGUUUGAAAUAAAACCUCCACUGAUAAACCGCUUUUGGUCAAAUCUGAGGAUUCAGUGUUUUUCUGUGUUAUAUCAUUUAUUCUUGCAACUACUAUAUGAUAAAUACAACUUUAAGGUUUGCUUCUUUUAUGAAUGUUUUUGAAAAGGUCAUGACCUA